UCAGAAGACUAUCAGAUAGAAGAAGAAGAAGAAGAAGUAGAAGACGAAGCGCACUCGAAAUUCUCCACUCACUCAACUCUGUGGAUAAUCGGUACCUUCUCCACUCGCCUCGCUACUGUAUUUCUCUCGAUUGGUUCUUCUCUUUUCUUGAAUUUCAAGCUUGUAGCAUGGAGUUGAUGUCGCAGCCUGGUUCAUCAUGUUGCAGUCAUCUUGACAAGAUACGUUAUGGAGUUCAGAAUAAUGGAGUUAAUUGCAUCUAUAACGUCACAAAGGCAGCCAAAACUAAGGAAAUUUUCUUUGGUUUGCGUCCUUCGCUGCAAAGAUCCUUGAAGUUAAACCAAAACUGGAGUUUAUAUGGGAGUGAAGUUGAACAAAAAUCAUCUCCUGUAAUUGUUGCGGCAAGUCCUCCUACAGAAGAUUCUGUUGCAACAGAGCCACUGACAAAAGAAGAUCUAGUUGGUUACCUUGCUUCAGGUUGCAAGCCCAAGGAGAAAUGGAGGAUAGGAACUGAACAUGAAAAGUUUGGGUUUGAUGUUGGAACAUUCCGACCCAUCAAGUAUGAACAGAUAGCAGAGCUGCUAAAUGGUAUUUCUGAGCGUUUUGACUGGGAUAAAAUAAUGGAAGGUGACAAGAUUAUUGGCCUCAAACAGGGAAAGCAAAGCAUAUCGUUGGAGCCUGGUGGCCAGUUUGAGCUGAGUGGCGCACCACUUGAAACACUGCACCAAACUUGUGCAGAAGUCAAUUCACAUCUCUACCAGGUUAAAGCUGUUGCUGAGGAGAUGGGAAUAGGCUUUUUAGGAAUUGGCUUUCAACCAAAAUGGAAACGUGAGGACAUACCAAUAAUGCCAAAAGGAAGAUAUGACAUUAUGAGAAAUUACAUGCCAAAAGUUGGGACACUUGGACUUGAUAUGAUGCUUCGGACAUGUACUGUACAGGUGAAUCUGGAUUUUCAUUCUGAAUAUGAUAUGAUAAGGAAGUUUCGGGCUGGCCUUGCUCUACAGCCUAUAGCUACAGCACUGUUUGCAAAUUCACCUUUCACUGAAGGAAAACCAAAUGGAUUUCUAAGCAUGAGAAGUCAUAUUUGGACUGACACCGAUAAUAACCGCACUGGGAUGCUGCCGUUUGUUUAUGACGACUCUUUUGGGUUUGAACGCUAUGUGGAUUAUGCACUUGAUGUUCCAAUGUACUUCGUAUAUAGAAAGAAAAAGUACAUCGAUUGUACUGGGAUGUCUUUCCGGGAUUUCAUGGCUGGGAAACUCCCUAAUCUCCGUGGUGACUAUCCAACACUCAAUGACUGGGAAAAUCAUUUGACAACAAUAUUUCCAGAGGUUAGGCUUAAAAGGUACUUGGAGAUGAGAGGUGCUGAUGGAGGGCCUUGGAGGAGGCUAUGUGCACUACCUGCAUUUUGGGUAGGUAUCUUGUAUGAUGAUGUCUCUCUUCAGAACGCGUUAGAUAUGACAGAGGAUUGGACUUUAGAAGAAAAACAAAUGCUAAGGAAUAAGGUACCCAAAACUGGUCUGAAGACACCAUUUCGCGAUGGACUGUUGAAGCACGUGGCACAAGAAGUUGUCCAGCUGGCAAAGGAUGGCUUGGAAAGAAGAGGCUUUAAAGAAACAGGAUUUCUGAAUGAAGUCACCGAAGUAGUCAACACUGGUGUAACACCUGCUGAGAAGCUUUUAGAAAUGUACCAUGGGAAGUGGGGAGGAAACGUAGAUCCCGUUUUCGAGGAGCUGCUCUACUGAGGAGGUGGGGUGUAUAUAUAUAUACCGUACCAUACCAUACCGCAAAUGCAAGUUUGUCGUCUCUCUCUCAGGUUAAGCCUCAUUACUCACUCAUCUUUGCUUCUAUGAGAUUCUUAAUUUGAAGCUAUUUUAGGUCAUUUUGUUUGAUGUGAUGCUCUCUCUCUUUCUCACUCUAUCUUUUAACACCUUGAGAUUCCUCACCCCAAUAAUUAGAGCAAAGCAUGCUUGGAUUGGUUUAUAGCUUAUCAUUAUUCUCUUUAGUAGUUGCAAUAAUGUAGCAGGCUUAUCUUUCUAUCUAUGGUUUCCACAACAAAUAAAACAAUUAGGGUUUAAUUC